UAACAAUUUUAUUACUAAAGACAAAAUUCAUGCGCGUAACGCAUUGAGCAUAAAAAUCAAUAGUGACAUGCGCGAUAUAUCCUCCAGUCUAUCUAAACAAAGUUUGUUACUCGAGCAAUGCCUUAGUGCUUUAAAUAUAACAAAUGUUUAUUAGGGACAAGAAAUGUAAACUAUCUCACAAAAUGAUGAUACGUCUAAAUAAUUUUUUGUACGUUUUUAAUUUACGCCAAGGCACUAUCCUUAUAGCCGUCCAUCAAAUCGCGCUCUCAUCCUUCGUACUGAUAAUUUUGCUAGUUGGUAUAUCUCAUGUCGGUGAAAUGCUAUCCAUGCUCCAUAACGACAUGGAAGACGACGCAGAAAGAAGAGGUUUUUAUGAAAUAGCUUAUGGCGAGCAUUUGACAUUUCAUGAAGGGGGUGUCGUGAGCACUAACAAUCAACUUAGAUUCGCUAAAGCACAACAUCUAGCUUCAGUAACUGUGAUUUUCCUCUACACUAGUACAAUUUUAACGUCGAUAUACCUCAUGUGCUGCAUUUCUUUGCUACACGGAGCUGUAAAGUAUAAGAGGGAGUACGUUCUGCCGUGGAUUAUGGCUGCUUGUGUUGCCGUGGUUCUGCUUAUAGUGGCCAUCGUUAUUGGCGACGGAUAUCCAUGCGUUGUCAAUCUCUUCGGCGGGCAUAACCUAUAUCAUUUCGGUUGUGCACUCUUCGUAUUGACAUUUAUCUACGCCAUAUGCGCCGUAAGUAGCUUCGCGCUCGAGACCGGCGGCGGGCGAUGCGCGCGCGCAUCACUCGCCAACGACGAACGCGGAGAGCGCCUGCUGCUGCUGGACCACGCUGCACACUCCAGCUUACUGUCUGCCGCACAACUGAACAAACUGUCCCACGGCACACGGACCCAAUUCGUAUAAACCUAUUUUAAAAGUCAAUUUAAGCUGUACAUGGCAUUCAUUAUUUACGUUACAGGUUAAGGGAAGUGCACAAAAUGUGACAUUGUUUCUGACGUGAUUUCCUCUUUGGUCCCGUAACUUACGAUCUUUUGAUCGCCCAAUAGCAUCGUUUUAUGAUUUCUUACCCUUAUUGGAUUGCAAGAGAGGACCCUAAUGAUAAAUGGGGCAUUGUUUAUAAAUUCCGGCUCCUUCUUUUAAAUUUCAACAGUUAAGUAUAUAAAAAACUUUAAAAAGGCAUACCAUACCAAAAGAUUAGCCAUGUACAGCUAUUAAAAUUACCUAUAGCUGCUAUAGUAGGAUAUUCUGCUAAAUAUAUAAUUAUUUUGGUUGUGUAAAUGCACAACACAAACUCGAUGUCGCAUAAAAUGUAGUGUAAUCACAUAUUUUAGAUAUAUACUUACUACACCAGCUUAUUUGUGUUAAAUUAUUUUUUUAUGAUGUUCCGAGCGUUAUUUUUAAAACGUCAAACUUUGUAAUAGUAAUGAGCAUUUAUUUCGACUUUACUUUCAGUGGCGUAGCAAAAUAAAGUGAGGCCUAUGAGAAAAGGACCUUUAUAUGUUUUCAAUUUUUUGCAUACCUACAUAGUUUAUGCGACUAGAAUCGGCCUAAAUCGGUCUUGAGUCCUGAACCAGGGUCCCUAAUUACUAUUAUCUAUAUCUAUCUAUAUUACUAUUCUUACAACCAUGUUUUGUAACGCCACUGAUAAACAUUAUACCAUUUUGAUACAUACGUCCAUGACUUAAAAAAAUAGCGCAUAAAUCGUUCAUGCUUAGAACCGCUGAAUACAAUAAUUCUUGUGAUAUUUUGAAAACAAAAACAUUUUAAGCUGAAAUAUUGAAUUCAUAAGUGGUGUAACAUGUGGCUGAAAACUUUGUAAAGAAUCGUUAUGGACAACAAGGGGUUACUAUCAUGUUCAUGUUUCUAACAAGCUUUGAUUAUUGUUAUUCUAAACCAUUCUUGAUAGGCUUCAAAUUAAACUUUAGUAAGUACUUAGUUAGUGGUUAGUACUUAACAGGAAACACCGGGAGCUUCAUACUUUGGUUCACACCGCGAACUUCAGAGCUAAACUAAGCCAGCGAUUUUCCCUAAGUAAGGGAGCGAACUAAGUUUCGUUUCGCUUCGAAACGAACAAAGUUUCGUUUCGCUUCGCUUUCGGCAUGACCUGCGCUUAAGACGAAAAAUGUAGGUACAUCUAAGUUUGAAGUGCAGGCCCUGAUGGUUGUUUAUUAAAAUGGAAUUGAAUAUCAGUAAUUUGAAUAAUUUCAUUUUCCAAUUUAUGCUUCAACUGCCUUAAUCAAGGUCAUAAUGGUUGCAAAUGCGUUUUGCGAAAUUGCCCCAGGGUUUCAGCACUGCAUGUUACACCUCUGCCUUAUUUUAUUAAAUAUGGUCAGUUUUUAUUUCUAUAAGUAAUAUUAUUGUGAAUAUUUUAAUGUACAAAAUAAUUGGACUGUUCAAAUUUUAAUGCCUCAAAUGCUGAUAUAUUGAUGAGAAUUAAACAAUUAAUUUUA